UAUUUCAAAAACAAGAUUUUUAUUUUACGAUUCAAACUUUUUCUUUAAAUAUUUACAAAAAAAUGAAUAAUUUUCGCACGUGGUUGGACAAAGAAAGAUGUUAUCCGAAUGGGAUGCUUACGAGGGAAUAUGCAGCUGGACUCACCGAAUUUAUGAACGUUGCUAUGAAUCAGGAAAGCUGCUUAACAAGUGGUAAGAUGUUAUGCCCAUGUCCAUCUUGUAAUAAUAAUAUCGACAUUGACAAAGAUUUAGUCUGGGGACAUAUUUAUAGUCUUGGAAUUAUGUCAAGUUACAAAGUUUGGUUUUAUCAUGGGGAAACUGAUGCUUAUCACGUGGGUAGUACAAGUGAAAAUGUGCCUAAAAGGGUAGAAGAAUCUAGAUUGGAUGAAGGAGGUGUAGGAACGGUUCAAAUGGUUCACGAUGCACAUAGAGAAAAUAUGCAAGAAUUUAUAGAACCUGCAAAUAUAGUAGAAGAACCAAAUUUAGAAGCCAAAAGAUUCUACGAUAUGCUAGAUGCAUCGAAGAGUCAUUUAUAUGAAGGUUGUAAGGAAGGACAUUCUCCUUUAUACGCUGCAACUAGGAUGAUGAAUAUAAAGACGGAUUAUAACUUGGCAGAAGAUUGUGUAGAUGCUUGGGCAGAUUUUGUUAAAGAUAUUUUACCUGAAGACAACAUCUCACCAGCUUCGUAUAAUGAAAUUGAGAAGAUUGUUUCUGGUCUUGGUUUGCCAUAUCAGAUGAUCGAUGUUUGUAUCGAUAACUGUAUGAUUUAUUGGCAAUCAGACGCAGAGUAUUUAGCUUGUCGAUUUUGUGGAAAACCCCGGUUUCAAAAUACAAGUGGGAGGUCCCGAGUAGCGUUUAAGCGUAUGUGGUAUUUGCCAUUUGCCGAUCGGUUGAAAAGGUUAUAUCAAGCAGAGCGGACAGCUGCAGCUAUGAGAUGGCACCAGGAGCAUUCAACUGAUGGCGAGAUCGCGCAUCCCUCAGAUGCAGAGGCAUGGAAACAUUUUCAGAGAAUUUAUCCAAGUUUUGCAGAAGAAAGUAGGAAUGUCUACCUUGGACUAUGUACAGAUGGUUUCAACCCAUUUGGGAAACAUGGACGCCAAUAUUCUUUAUGGCCAGUGAUUCUCACACCUUACAAUUUGCCUCCGUCUUUGUGCAUGAAGAGAGAGUUUCUAUUUCUGUCUAUCCUUGUUCCUGGUCCAGAACACCCAAAGAGAUCUCUUGAUGUCUUCUUACAACCUUUGAUUCAUGAGCUACAAGUUCUAUGGGAGCACGGAGUUCAAGCCUAUGACGUAUCCUGGCAGCAAAAUUUUACGAUGCGUGCGGUGCUUAUGUGGACUAUUAGCGAUUUUCCAGCCUACGGAAUGUUAUCUGGAUGGACAACGCAUGGGCGAUUAUCAUGCCCAUAUUGUCAGGACAAUACAUAUGCAUUUCAGUUAAAACAUGGAAGAAAGACCUGUUGGUUUGAUUGUCAUAGACGUUUCCUACCACGGUCGCAUCCUUAUCGCCGUAACAAAAAAAGUUUUAAGAAAAACCAUGUAGUUUCUGAUGGUCCACCGCCUGAGCCAGAUGGUGAAAAUAUAUUGAUGCAACUUAGGGAUUUUGGAGUGGAAAAGACAACAUAUUGCGGGGGGAGUGUGCAUAAUCCAGUAGAUGGUUAUGGAGAGUUUCACAAUUGGCACAAACAUAGUAUUUUUUGGGAGUUGCCUUAUUGGAAAGAUCUCUUGUUGAGACACAAUCUAGAUGUCAUGCACAUUGAGAAGAAUGUGUUCGAUAACUUGAUGAAUACGGUUUUAAAUGUCCCGGGGAAGACAAAAGACAAUAUCAAAUCGAGAUUAGACUUGCCUUCAAUAUGCAAUCGGCCUCAUUUACAUGUCUUAUCAAAUGGAAGAGGUCCAAUCCCUAGAUUCAGAUUAGAUGGAGAUGCUAAGGAUGCAUUAUUUAGGUGGAUUGUUUGAAAGGUUAAGUUCCCUGACGGUUACGCUUCCAACUUACGAAACUGUGUUGACAACCAAGAAGGUCGAUUAUCAGGGAUGAAAAGUCAUGAUUGUCAUGUGUUUAUGCAACGAUUACUACCAUUUGCAUUUGUCAAUCUCCUCCCCAAAAACGAACAUGAAGCUAUUGCAGGUAUUAGUGCUUUUUUCAGAGACCUAUGUACAAGAUCACUAACGCCAGCUGGUAUCAGGCAAUUAGCUGACAACAUACCAGUUCGAAUAUGUAAUCUUGAAAAGAUAUUUCCACCCUCUUUUUUCGAUGUGAUGGAGCAUCUUCCAAUACAUCUUCCUAGAGAGGCAGAAUUGGGGGGACCUGUGCAGUAUAGGUGGAUGUAUCCAUUCGAAAGAUUCAUGUUUCACUUGAAAAAGAAGGUGAAAAAUUUAAGCAAAGUGGAAGGUUCUAUUAUUGCUCAAAGCAUCAACGAAGAAAGAUCUAACUUUGCUGCCCAUUACUUUCCCCCAAGUGUUCAAACAAAGAGCCGAAAACCCAGCCGUUAUGAUGACGGUGGAGAAAAACCACAUUACAUUACCCAAGUUCCAGAUAUAUUUUCACAAAUUGGGCGGUUAAGCGGGAAACCAACAAAGAGGUGGCUUACGGAAGUUGAAGUUAAACAUUUGCAUACCUACAUUUUGUUGAAUUGUGAGGAACUAUGGCCAUAUGAGAGGAUUUAUAUGGACCAGUUGCGAACAUCUUAUCCACAUUACGAUGAGGAAACACUUGCCACAAAAAAACAAAAUGAAUUUGUUCAAUGGAUGAAAUUCUAUGUGCACACAUGCAACAAUAGAGGUGAGCGAUUACAUACCUGGUUAGAAGAGUUGGUAGAUGGUCCAUUGUCGCUUGCUCAAAGUUCACCGACAUACUACACACGUGGAUAUGCAUUCAAAGUGUUCCGAGAGAGAGAGAACAGAACAACGAUCAAUUCCGGAAUCAGUACGCAAGCCGGUAAUGUAAUAUACUAUGGUGUUCUACGGGAGAUAUUGGAGGUUGAGUUCCCAGGAGUUAUUAAUUUGAAAUGCAUAGUUUUCAUGUGUGAUUGGUAUGAUCCAUGUAUUGGGAGGGGAGUACGUGUAGAUAAAUUUGGUGUUACUGCAGUAAGAACAUCAAGAGUACUUGAUAGAUAUGACCCUUUCAUCCUCGCAUCACAAGGCGACCAAGUAUGUUACAUUCCCUAUCCUCGCAUUACCAAAAAACAAGAUUCAUGGGUUACUGUUACGCAAGUAAGCCCAAGAGGAAGAGUACACGGAGUUAUUGAAAAUGCCCCUAUGCAACAAACAUAUGUUGGGAGCAUCUCUUCUGUUGAACUUAAUCAUGACGAUCCAACAACAGGAGAAUUAGAAGAAGAGACCACGAUCGAUGAGAUUUUGGAUGUUUAUGAAGAAGAGGCUGGAGAGUUUGAUGAGGAGUAUGAUUCCGCUUCAUCUGAAUAUUCAUCUGAAUCGGACUAAUAUUAUAUUCAUAUUUACGUUUAAUCUGAUGAUUUUAAAUUAAA